AGAUGUGACUCCGGCGACGAGCAGGUGUUACCCUCUUGCGGGAAUGUGAUGAGUAACGUUCGGAUGUAGACCUUGGCUGUCUGGCGGGACUGCGCAGGGUUGAGAUUUGUAGCACAGGCGCCGUAGGCGGACGAAGAGGGAUGCCGGCAAGGAACAGAAACAAACAAGCAGCAAGUUAACGAGCCAAACGGACGGGUGGACGAGGUGGUGAGCUUGGAAAGUGCUUCUUGUUCACCUUAGUCCAAUGAGAGUGAGAAAGAGGUCUGUUCUGCCUUCCGGAGAGAGAAACGCUUGCAAAGACGUUGAGGAGCGAUCUGUGUGUCCAGGCAGGCUCGUUCAGCAGGUGCUGACGUGUGUCGGAGACAGCAGCGGCGGUGUUGGCCAGCAAUGUCGACGUCUGGCCUCUGGAGCAGGCCGGCUGUCGAUGGCUCCCAGGGGAGCACCGCUGUUGUUGCACCGUCCAGGCCGGCUCUGCGGUGCACUGCACCUGCUGAGGCUAGGCGAGGGAGAACGAAAAAAAAUGCCAGGCCCAGCGAGAAAAAACAAAAAAGAGAAAAAGCGGGAAAAUAGAACACACUGCCGGCACAGCCUGCCCCCGUCCAGGGGACAAUAGCUCUGCCGGGGCCCUCGGGACGGCGGGCUGCUGUUGUUGACGCUGUGCUGGCUGUGCUACGCUAUGCUACGCUGCUGCUUGACUCGUUUGCCGUCGGCGGGCGGGUCUGCCUACG